AUGAGCGCUGCACCAAGCGACGCGGCCGCCGCUGCCCCGGCACCGGGCGAAAAGAAGGCCGCCCGCCUGCCCGGCUUGCGCGGCCACCACAAGCUCUACCUCGCUGCUGCUUCGCUGGUCGCGGUGUGCGUCUGGCUCAUCGUCUGGCUCGUGGUCUUUGGGAAGGUGCUGCCCGACGACAUUGUGGGCUUCGCCGCAGUCGUCUUCCAAGUCACUGUAAAGUCGGGCGUUUUCGCGCUGCUCUUCGCGCGCUACGUCGCCGGCGCGGGCGCCGUCGUCGCGCCGGCGGACCCGGAGGGCAAGGUCGGCGCGGCGCCGGGCCUCCGCGCGUGGGCGCACGAGGCCUUUGAGCUAGACGCGGCACGCACGCGGGCACGGGGCGGCGUCGACGCGGAGCUGCACGUCCGGCGGAUCCGGAUGCGGCUCGCCUGUUUGCAAGUCUGGGCGUUGCUGGCCGUGCCGCUGGCGUGCGUCUACGCGCUGGAUCCGAAGAAAUGCGGGUGGUUGCCCGAACGGAAAAUAGUCGAGCAAGAGCCCACCUGUGCAACCACUAUGGAUGUGGAGGCGUGCUGCCCGUGCUGCAUAACAGAAUAUCUAACGCAGUUUUCCGCCGCUCAAUGUGAUUUUUUAAAAGCCGAAGGAAGAGAUUGCCAUCCCGUCUGCGAGGUCACGGUCAGGCAGGCGGGUUGGGGCCGGGCCCGGUCGCCGGGGUUCGACCGCAUCUCGCUCGAGAACGUCAUGUGCCGCGAGGGCAACACGGCGACGUGGCAGCUCUGGCUCGCGAUUCUGGCGCUGUACCUCGGCCACUGGGCCGCGUAUCGGAUCAUCGACGCGCACGACGAGGAGGCCACCGAGACCAUCCGUGCCGCGGCGGUGGACGCGCCGCCGAAUCACUACGCCGUCGCGACGACGGGCCUGCCCGAGCAUCUGCGGGAGCCGGCCGAGCUCGAGGCGUUCUUCGAGGGCGUCUUCGAGAGGCCCGGCGCCGUCGUGCGCGUCGUGCCGUGCCGCCACCUGAGCGCGGCCACGCGCGAGGUGGAGGCCCUCGCGGGCGGCGCGCCGCCACCGCCGGAGGGAGACGCCGCGCCCGAGGCGGCCGCCCGCGACGCCGUGGAGGCCGCCGACGCGGCCGCCGCGCACGUCGAGCAGCUCAAGGCCGCCGGCGCGGCGCCGGCGGCCGUCGCGGAGGCCGAGGCGCGCCGCGAGUCCCUGAAGGACAAGGCCGCGCGCGCGCUCAAGGGCCUCUUCGGCGGCGACGGCGGCGCGCGCGGCCGCGUCCAGGCGUUCUGCGAGGCCCUCAAGGAGGUCGAGCGGGCCGAGUGGCGGCAGGCGCUGCACGAGCGCUGGGAAAGCGAGGAGAAGAAGAUGGAGAAGUGCCAGCGGGGCUGCGCCAAGUGCAUCGACGGGUGCAUCUGCUGCCGCUCGUUCGUCGGGCGCAAGAUCCAGAACCAGGCGGCGUCCCCCGCGGAGGCGCGGCGCCGCUGCGAGGAGGCGCGGAAAGCCGUCGCUGACCACGCGGCCGAAGCGUCUCCGGACGGAGGGUCGGCGAUCGUCGUCUUCUCGAACCUCGAGAGCGCCCAGGCCGCCGCGACCUGCCCCCUCGGGGCGUCGGACGCGGCGACGGAGGUCUCGAAGCCGACGUACCGCGAGGACAAGCCGCACCGGAAACAGGAAAAGCGCAGCCGCUUGAUCGUGACGCUGGAAACGGCUGGCUAUUACUUAACGGGGUUGCAGGGCUGCGGGUGCCGCAAGAGCAAGCCCGUGCCGAUGGAGGUGACGCCGCUGCCGGAACCGAGAGAUAUAGAUUGGGGCGAGCUCGAGACGCUCGACCAGGAGCGCGGCGAGAAGUCGGACCGGAUGAACGCGGGGCGGCUCAUCAAGCUUUGCGUCUGGUUCGGCUACUCGGCGAUCGUCGCGGUGUUUGCCGUGAACUGGGAGGCGCUCUGCGAGGAAUACGCCAAGGACGACGACGGCGGGCCCUCGGACACCGCGCUGCUCUGGGACCUGCUCGCCGGCUUCGUGCCGGCGUUCUUUCAGAGCUGGCUCUUCAAUUACGUGGCGGUCAUCUUGUACAACACGAACCGCAUGUUCAACAGUUUGUGGAGCGAGUCCUCGCUGCAGGCGAGCGUCGCGCGGGACUACUCCAUCUUCUUCUGGAUCGUCGCGUUCGGCGCGUACCUGCUGUCCGUCACCUGGGCCGACAUCUCGAACGAGGCCUGGUCCUGCGAGGGGGAGUGCGACACCGAGGAUGAAGACGAGGACGUCGAUGCUGCGAGCUUUAACCCCAGCGUCGCGGUCAAGCUCAUGGCCCGCGCGGUGCCGCGCCACGCGUGGCCAUUCGCCGCUAUCUUCCUUUUGCUGAUCGGAAACAAGGUGGCCGACGCGCUCAGGGUAGUCCCUUACCUCAAGUACGAGCUCCUGAAGCGGGCCAAGGUCGCGUCGGACGCGAGCGUGGCGGAGUCGCUCGAGCCGGGCGACGCUGACCUCGGCGCGCCGGCCGGCUGGUCUCUGCGAGGGAAUCAAACUGCCCGAAGUGUCACGUCCACGUCGACGCCAUCGACGCUGCGUCUGCUCACUCAUUGAUUUCACCACAGGCUGGGAAGCGUUCGCAUUGUUGGUGGGGGCAUCUUUCGCCUGCAUCUCGCCGUUCACGUGCGCGGUCUGCUACCUCUACUUCGUGGCCGCGUACGAGGCCGGAAAGCACGCUCUGUGUUGCCUGGAGACGAUGCCCUUCGACACGCGCGGCGCGCUCUGGUUCGACGGCGUCGCGCAGACCCACACCGCGCUGUUUAUCGCGCUGGUCGUCCAGCUUGUCGUAUUGUGGUUUAACAUCACCAACAAAGGGUUCUGGCCGGUCAUUGGCGGUAUCCCCAUCCUGCUCAUGUGGAGGCGCUACCGGGACAGGUGUCGCCGCCGGCACGCUACGCGGAACCUCCACGGCUUGGCGCGGGGCAGGAUGCCGCUGAGGGACGGAAACGUCGUCGACGCGCUGAGGGACGGAGACGUCGUGCGCGACGCCCUGGCCCACCUCGCCGACCGCGACCGCUUCUUCGAAGCGCCCGAGGUCCUGCCGCCCAGAGACCACCCGGUGUACCGGGACGCCCUGCCGGGACCGCCGAUUACUUCCUCGACGGACGUCGAGGCGCGGCUCGCGGCGGUGACCGCGUGGCUCGAGCGCCACGACGGCGCCGCGGCCGCGUUCCUCGAGCGCGUCAACGGCACCGCGACCGUGCUCGGCGAGGACGACGCCAUUCUGGUGGAGGACGACGUCGCGUGCGGCACGAUGGGCUGCGGCCUCUGAAACUAUUCGCGCGCCGCCUACCAUGUUCCCAAAAACCGGGGCG